UUUUCUUUUUUUUAAUAACAAGUAAACCAUACAAAUUGCCAUCAUGGGACGGAGGUCUACAUCAUCCACCAAGAGUGGAAAAUUUAUGAACCCCACAGACCAGGCCCGAAAGGAAGCCCGGAAAAGAGAAUUAAAAAAGAACAAAAAACAACGUAUGAUGGUACGAGCUGCGGUUUUAAAGAUGAAGGAUCCCAAACAGAUUAUUCGUGACAUGGAGAAAUUAGAUGAAAUGGAGUUUAAUCCAGUGCAACAGCCACAAUUGAAUGAAAAGGUUCUAAAAGACAAGCGUAAAAAACUGCGGGAAACCUUUGAACGUAUUCUAAGACUCUAUGAAAAAGAGAAUCCAGAUAUUUACAAAGAAUUGAGAAAGCUUGAAGUAGAGUAUGAACAGAAGAGGGCUCAACUUAGCCAAUAUUUUGAUGCUGUUAAGAAUGCUCAGCAUGUGGAAGUUGAGAGUAUUCCUUUGCCAGAUAUGCCCCAUGCUCCUUCCAACAUCUUGAUCCAGGACAUUCCACUUCCUGGUGCUCAGCCACCCUCCAUCCUUAAAAAGACUUCAGCGUAUGGACCACCAACUCGGGCAGUCUCUAUACUUCCUCUUCUUGGACAUGGUGUUCCACGUUUGCCCCCUGGUAGAAAGCCUCCUGGUCCUCCCCCUGGUCCACCUCCUCCUCAAGUGUUACAAAUGUAUGGCCGUAAAGUGGGCUUUGCCCUAGAUCUUCCUCCUCGUAGGCGAGAUGAAGAUAUGUUAUAUAGUCCUGAACUUGCUCAGCGAGGCCAUGAUGAUGAUGUCUCUAGCACCAGUGAAGAUGAUGGCUAUCCCGAGGACAUGGAUCAAGAUAAGCAUGAUGACAGCACUGAUGACAGUGACACUGACAGAUCAGAUGGAGAGAGCGAGGGGGAUGAUUUCGUGCACCGUGAUGAUAAUGAAAGAGACAACAAUGAAGAAAAGAAGUCUGGGCUGAGUGUGCGAUUUGCAGAUAUGCCUGGAAAAUCAAGGAAGAAAAAGAAGAACAUGAAGGAGCUGACUCCUCUUCAAGCCAUGAUGCUUCGAAUGGCAGGCCAGGAAAUCCCUGAGGAGGGACGAGAAGUAGAGGAAUUUUCAGAAGAUGAUGAUGAUGAUGAUUCUGAUGAUUCUGAAGCAGAAAAACAAUCACAAAAGCAACAUAAAGAGGAAUCGCUUUCUGAUGGCACAUCUACUGGUUCUUCACAGCAGCAGGCUCCUCCACAGUCUGUUCCUCCUCAGAUACAGGCACCUCCCAUGCCAGGACCACCACCCCUUGGACCACCACCUGCUCCACCUUUAAGGCCACCUGGACCACCUACAGGCCUUCCUCCUGGACCACCACCAGGAGCUCCUCCAUUCCUGAGGCCACCUGGAAUGCCAGGACUCCGAGGGCCUUUACCCCGACUUUUACCUCCAGGACCACCUCCGGGCCGACCCCCAGGUCCCCCUCCAGGCCCUCCUCCAGGUCUGCCUCCUGGCCCUCCUCCCCGAGGCCCUCCUCCAAGGCUACCUCCCCCUGCACCUCCAGGUAUCCCUCCACCUCGUCCUGGCAUGAUGCGCCCACCUUUGGUGCCUCCACUUGGACCUGCCCCACCUGGGCUUUUCCCACCAGCUCCCUUGCCAAACCCUGGGGUUUUAAGUGCCCCACCCAACUUGAUUCAGCGACCCAAGGCGGAUGAUACAAGCGCAGCCACCAUUGAGAAGAAAGCCACAGCAACCAUCAGUGCCAAGCCACAGAUCACUAAUCCCAAAGCGGAGAUUACUCGAUUUGUGCCCACUGCACUGAGAGUACGUCGGGAGAAUAAAGGGGCUACUGCUAUUCCCCAAAGGAAGUCAGAGGAUGAUUCUGCUGUGCCUCUCGCCAAAGCAGCUCCCAAAUCCGGUCCCUCUGUUCCUGUGUCAGUACAAACUAAGGAUGAUGUGUACGAAGCAUUCAUGAAAGAGAUGGAAGGGCUACUGUGACAGCUAUUGAUCCAGAAAAGGCUUCUGCUCACAUCAGUGGUUCAUGGAGAAAGAGGCUCUCAUUAAACCUAGGUGAACGAGCGACUUCCACUGUCAGGGUAUUUUCUAAUUCCAGUGCAGGAAUCUCCUAAAGCUUAGUCUUGGUCAGAAUUUAAGGCAUAUGAGAGAGAGGAUGUUUCAUUAAAAAUAGCUGGGUUAUUAAAGCAGUGCUGCUAACAUCCAUUCCUUUUCACACAAUUUUCAUCCUGUUUCUUUCCCUUCUCCAGUUUUUUUGAAACAUGAUCAGGGGAGUCUUAGUUACUUACUUGUUUCAACUCUCUUGUGUGCUAUGGGCACUGGAGUAGAAAUUUCUGAGAAACCCGUUUAUCUCGCCCCAUCUUGGCUUUUGUGUUUGAGUUAUUUUGAGUAUUCUCUUGUAAAUAUUUUGUAAUAUUUUACUUGUAGUGGAAUGGAUCGCAAUGUCAUUUCCUUUUACAAAGCAGGCUUGUGGGAAGAAAAUGUACAAUUCUUUGAUUAAAAUUAUUUCCCACUGACCUCAACUUUUAUUGUUUCCUGGAAAAAAAUAAAUAAAUGUUCCACAUCAAGA